GGCUCGUCCCGGCAGCCCCCGCGGCCCGUCCCGACCGGCGCGGCGCGCGGCGGCGCGGGGAGAUGGCGGCGGCGGGCGCGGAGGAGCGGUGCGGUGCGUGGGGCGCGGCGGGCCCCGAGCGCGGCCCCGGUCCCGGCCCGCUGGGGUCGCUGCUCAGCCGGCUGCCGCUUGCGCCGUCUCCGCGGCGGCGGACCGCCAGCCAGUGCAAGCCGGAGCCGCCACUGCUGCGCACCAGCAAGCGGACCAUCUACACGGCCGGGCGGCCGCCGUGGUACAGCGAGACCGGCGCGCCCGUGGAUGAGGCCUUCGUCAUCGGCCUGUGCGGUGGCAGUGCCUCAGGCAAAACAACGGUGGCAACACGGAUCAUAGAGGCGCUGGAUGUGCCCUGGGUCGUGCUGCUGUCCAUGGAUUCCUUCUACAAGGUGCUGGACGAGGGGCAGCAGGCGCUGGCGGCCCGCAGUGACUACAACUUUGAUCACCCCGAUGCCUUCGACUUUGAGCUGCUCAUCAGCGUCCUCCGCAAGCUCAAGAAGGGCAAGAGCGUGAAGGUGCCAGUCUACGACUUCACCUCGCACAGCCGCCGCCGCGAGUGGAAAACUGUGUACGGGGCCAACGUCAUCGUGUUCGAAGGGAUAUUGGCUUUUGCGAACAAGGAGUUGCUGAAGCUCCUGGACAUGAAAGUGUUUGUGGACACGGACUCUGACAUCCGACUGGUGCGGCGGCUGCAACGUGACAUCAUGGAACGGGGGCGUGACGUUGCAGGUGUCAUCAAGCAAUACAACAAGUUUGUGAAGCCAGCCUUUGAGCAAUACAUCGAGCCCACCGUGCAGGUUGCCGACAUCGUGGUGCCCAGGGGUGGGGAGAACUUUGUGGCCCUGGACCUCAUUGUGCAGCAUGUGCACAGCCAGCUUGAGAAGCGCGAGAUCACUGUCAGGGCAGCUCUGGCCUCUGCCCACCAAGACCAGCCCCUGCCAAAGACACUGAGUGUCCUGGAGAACACACCGCAGGUGCGAGGCAUGCACACCAUCAUCAGGAACAAGGACACAACCAGGGACGAGUUCAUCUUCUACUCCAAGCGCCUGAUGAGGCUGUUGAUUGAACAUGCCCUCUCCUUCCUGCCACUGAAGUCGGUCACUGUGGAGACGCCCCAGGGGACAACAUAUGAAGGAAAGCGGUUCCACAGACAGAGGAUCACAGGUGUGUCCAUCCUGCGAGCAGGGGAGACCAUGGAGCAGGCCCUGACCGCUGUGUGCAAGGACAUCCGCCUGGGCAAGAUCCUGAUCCAGACCAACCAUGACACAGGGGAGCCUGAGCUCCACUACCUGCGCCUUCCCAAGGAGAUCAGUGAGGACUACGUCAUCCUCAUGGACAGCACUGUGUCCACGGGAGCCGCAGCCAUGAUGGCAGUGCGAGUCCUGCUGGAUCACGAUGUGCAGGAGGACAGGAUCUUCCUGCUGUCGCUGCUGAUGGCGGAGAUGGGGGUGCACUCUGUGGCUUACGCCUUUCCCUGUGUCCGCAUCAUCACCACUGCCGUGGACAAGAGGAUCAACGAGGAGUUCCAUAUCAUCCCAGGCAUUGGUAACUUUGGGGACAGAUACUUUGGCACUGAUGGCCCCUCUGCCUGGUGUGAGAGCGACGGCAUGGACUGCUGAGCUGGCUGGCCAUGAGACCACCAGCCAGGCUGGCUACAGGGCUGGCCCCCACCUCCGCCCCCAGGAGGGGCUCUGAGCUGCCAGCCUGUGCCCACCCAGCCGCAGCACAGCCUUGCCAGCCCCUGGCUCUCCUGCUCCACUGGACGAGCACCCCUCUCUGCCAGCUGCCCUCCAUGCCACAGAGGCAGCCCUGGGGGGAGCGAUGGCCUCUCCCUCAGCCCCUGGCCAUGCCUGGGGCAGGGAGAGGUGGUCUCCUGCAGCCUGUGCCUGAGGGGCCGGUCACCCUCUUCCCUGGAGUGGAGGGGGACAGGGUCCAGACCCCUCAAGGCUUCAUUGGGCUGGGGGCCAGGCAAGCUCCCUUGCCUGGAAUCUGUAUUUAUUUGUAUUUAUUUUGAGCGGCUGCCCACCUGGUGCUCCGGUGGGGCCGGCCAGCUACUUGAAAAACAUCAGGGAGUGGGGAUCUCCUCAAGGAGCCGCCUUGUCCCCACCGAUCUGACACUCCAUCCCCUCAGCUGGGCCCUCCAGGGGCUUGGGGGGCUGCCAGCAGCAGCGGGAGGGCAGGGGCUGCCUUCCCAGGAGGGUUUGAUACUCGGACACUCUGGGGGGGAUAGGACCACUCCCCAGGGACCAUCCCAGCGUGGUGGGCCCCUGGUGCUGCUGCCCUUGCUCAGGUCCUUCAUUGCAGAGUGGGAGUGGGGAGGGUGGGGGGCAGGGCCGGGCGCCCCCCUUUUGCUGGCUGAAGAGGCCGUGCUGCACCCCUAACCCCGGGCGCUGCCCCCUCCCCGCUGCCCCGGCUGCCUUUGUUUUGUACCCAAUAAAGGAGCAGCGCGACCUCCGGG